CGAAAACCCGUUCAAUCUCAUCGUUUCAAAAGCCAUGGUGAUCGCCAAUCUUUCUAACUGACAGCGUCGCGUGUAGCCGUAGUAUUCCCUCCUCGUACCUUUGCCUCAAUCCAUUUUGAGUCUUAAACCCUGCUCUGUUGACACUUCAACGUGAUCGCUCUGGUGAUUGGCUCUUAUGCUUGACGUUGGCACACCCUAGAGGGGCUUUAUAACCUUGCUGUAGAUGACUCAGUUGGCCGCCUCGUUUGUGCAAGCAUGUCUCAAGGGUUUCAAUGAACGCCAUCUAACCAGUGCUAUAUAUUUUGAAGCUGAGAGUGGGUUCAGAAACACCCUUAGUAGGAGUAUGAGGUUUAGCAAUUUUCUCCACUCUAAACUUCUGACAUGGUCUUCCCGCCACAAUCAUAUGUCUGCAAAGAAGCUAUUGGAUGAAGUUACUAAUUAUAGCACAGCAAGCACAACUGAACGGUCACAAUUCUUAGAUAAAAUCUCAGUUUUUAUGGGUUACACUGACAUCAAAGAUCUAAUUGAGCAAGAAAAAAAUCGACAAUUGACCACUGUAUCCAUGGAUGAUGCAUUUAAAGAAUUUGAUUCAACACUGAUCUGCACAAAGUUUCCAUGUAUUAAAGUGGGCAAUGCCUCUUCAGUGGGACUGUAUGAGGAGGUUCCACAUGCCGUACAAGUGAAGCUUCUAGGAUCUGAUAGCUGCAAUGAAUAUCUUCCUAUUACCAGACCUAAAUGGGAAGAACUUGAUAAAUUUGCCAUUGAUGGUUUGCAACCAUUCGAUCCACUUACUGGUGUAGAUUCUCUGAAUCCCGAGGAAGAUAAUUCAAAUGUAAUGCUAUUUGAUUCUCAAAUAGCACAGUCAGAUGAUAAUUCAAAUGUAAUGCUAUUUGAUUCUCAAAUAGCACAGUCAAAUGCAGAAACAAAGGGAAACACACAAGAAACUAGCCAAAUGUUACUUGAAUCUACAACUAGUGAAUCUGUUUUAGACAAACCCAUUAGAAGUUUACCAGGGAUAACCAGCAGAAAGUGUCAACAGCUUGAAGAUAGUGGCUUUUACACGGUACGGAAGUUGUUGCAUCAUUUCCCUCGAAGUUAUGCUGAUCUAAAGAAUGCCCAGGGUGCAAUAGAUGAAGGGCAAUAUCUUAUGUUCGUUGGAACUGUUUUAUCUUCUAGGGGAAUCAAAGCUAGCUCAUCUUUCUCUUUCCUUGAGGUUGUUGUUGGUUGCGAGCUCCUAAAGAAUGGACAAGAUUCCAAAAUUGAGAAUGAUUGUGGCACCGAAAAUAAGAAGAUGGUUUACUUGCACUUGAAGAAAUUCUUUCGUGGAACACGCUUUACAUAUCAUGGUUUUCUUAAAAGUAUUGAAUCAAAAUAUAGAGAGGGGGAUUGCGUAUAUGUUAGCGGUAAGGUUUCGAAGAAGCGAACAGAAGACCAUUAUGAAAUGAGGGAGUACAAUGUUGAUACUCUUGUGGAGGAAGGAAAUGUAAAUCUGCAAAGAAGGCCAUUUCCUCUCUAUCCUUCAAAAGCUGGUUUAGAUCAAAAAAUUUUCAGUGACAUGAUCUCGAGAGUCUUGAAGAUGUUGACUGCCAACAUGGAUCCCAUUCCCGAUGAGAUUCUCAAGGAGUUCAAUUUACCUAACUUACGUGAAGCCUAUAUGGGUAUCCAUCAGCCAAUGAACUUAGAUGAAGCUGAGUUAUCUCGGAGAAGAUUAAUAUUUGACGAAUUCUUUUAUCUUCAGCUAGGAAAACUAUUUCAGAUGGUUGACGCACUUGCAACACCAAUUGAGAAGGAAAGGUUGCUGGAAAAAUAUAAAAACCAUGAGUUGAACUCUGUUUGUGUUGAGGAUUGGUCUGAACUUACCAAGAAAUUGCUAAGAGCUCUUCCCUAUUCACUUACUCCCAGCCAGCAAAAUGCAGUUUCAGAGAUUAUUUGGGAUCUUAAGAGGCCAGUUCCCAUGAAUAGACUUCUACAGGGAGAUGUCGGCUGUGGGAAAACUGUUGUUGCAUUUCUGGCUUGUAUGGAAGUUAUCAGCUCUGGGUUUCAGGCUGCUUUUAUGGUUCCCACUGAGUUGCUUGCUAUCCAGCAUUAUGAGCUUUUGCUUUCUUUGUUGGAGAAUAUUGGGCAGCCUGAUUGUAAACCUUCUAUUGCCUUACUAACCGGAUCUACAUCCAGAAAACAGUCACAUUCUGUCCUUAAGGGUCUCCACACAGGAGAAAUAUCAAUGGUUAUUGGAACUCACAGCUUAAUAGCUGAGAAGGUCAAGUUUAAUGCUUUACGUCUUACAGUCAUUGAUGAACAGCAUCGCUUUGGUGUCAUUCAACGAGGAAAGUUUAACAGUAAGUUAUAUUCUGCUUCCCGAAGAAUAAAAUUGAAUUGGAGAAAUUUGGAUGAUAGUGUUGAAGAGAAAGACUAUAUGGCUCCACAUGUUCUUGCAAUGUCAGCCACUCCUAUUCCAAGAACAUUGGCUUUGGCUCUAUAUGGGGAUAUGUCAUUAACUCAAAUCACUGAUAUGCCCCCAGGACGUGUGCCUGUGCAGACCUUUGCAUUUGAAGGGAACAAGAUAGGUUUCAAGAAGCUAUUUCAGAUGAUGAGAGAUGAGUUAACAGGAAGUGGAAAAGUUUAUCUUGUUUAUCCAGUAAUCACAGGUUCUGAGCAAUUGCCCAUGCUUCGAGCUGCCACUGCUGAAUUUGAGUCAAUAUCAGAAAGGUUUAAAGGUUACCAAUGUGGCUUGCUGCAUGGGCGCAUGACCGGUGAUCAAAAAGCUGAUGCACUGAGACAAUUUAGAUCUGGAGAAACUCGUAUACUCCUUGCCACACAAGUUAUCGAGAUUGGUGUUGAUAUCCCAGAUGCUUCUUUGAUGGUGGUUAUGAAUGCUGAGAAGUUUGGAAUCGCUCAGUUGCAUCAGCUUAGAGGACGAGUUGGGAGAGGAGAAAGGAAAUCUAAAUGCAUCUUCUUGUCUUCUACUUCUGGUGGUCUGAAUCGUUUGAAAGUUCUUGAAAGAUCAUCGGAUGGAUUUUAUCUGGCAAACGCUGACCUUCUACUUCGAGGGCCUGGUAACCUGCUUGGUAAGAAGCAAUCGGGGCACAUUCCAGAAUUUCCAAUUGCUAGGCUGGAGAUCGAUGGAAAUAUUUUACAGGAAGCUCAACUGGCUGCUUUGAAUGUUCUGGGGGCUAGCAAUGAUCUUCAGCUUUUUCCCAAGUUGCUAACAGAACUGAGCAUGAGGCAACCCCUGUGCAUUUUGGGUGAUUGAACUUUCAUUUACUAAAUGUAAAGGAUGAAACAUGCUCGAUGAAACCCUAAUGGCACGCGAAUUUCUACUUCGUCUCAAGUCUCGGUAGUAGUAGAAGAGCCGAGGCCAUUUUUUUCUCCUGCUGGACUUGGGUUCGGCUGAUGAUUCCUUGUAUCUUUGUGACGAAACUAUAUCACAUUAAAGAGCAUGCCAUGAAGGGCCUUUGUGUU